AUGGAUGUUUACGAUUUACCAUUUCUUCGGAAAUCCGCUAACAAUUCUUACAUUUACCGGUUUGUAGCACCAUUGCAACACAACACCGUAGGUUUUAAAAACGAGCAUUUAUUUGUAAGAAAAGUACAUAAAAUUUGAAACUAUGUUACAAGUUUUGUUGACAUUAUUUUUGUUUUUAGCCAGUAAUUUGUGUGACACGCUUUUCGAGGUACACUGACAUUGACAAUGUUUGGCUGGGAGUUGGAACUGAGUUUGGAUGUGUUGCGUUUGAAAAAGCCGACUCAUUUCAAGAAAACUUUGACAAACUGCAUCAGAUCAGACUAACUGAACAUGCUAUAACUGAUCUGCACUUUAUGUGUGAUCAAGAGCACGCUUUGGCGUUGAACAUGAUUGGCAGUGUAUAUCUGGUUGAUAUCGAGAGGGGUGUUAUCAGACGGAGGAUCAUAUCACAGGAUGAGAAUCACGUAUCAUUUGCUGGACAGUACAACGAUCCUCGUAAGUUUUUUUAAUUUUCUGUAUUAGACACGUAUGUUAAACUUUAGAAAUCUUUAGCAUACUUUACGAAUGACAGACGUUUGUCGUGUUAAUAUUGUAGUAAUGUUUUUUUAAGUAAUAUAUAUAUAUCAUGUAUCGUUCAAUCAAUAUGUUCACUUUUAGACUGUUACGUAGUAUCAGACAAGGUAACCGGAGGAUUGAAAUAUAUGGACCUUCGAAGGUAUGGUGACAUGGCCGUAGCUUCAGCACGUCCUCGGUCUGUAUUAACACCAAGUAGGAGAAAUGCAACUACACCAAGGAGAGGCCAAGCAAAGUCUCCGAGGCGGCCGGGCACUCCAACUACACCUUCAUCUAAAGGGAAGGGAGUACCGGUGGUGGAUGCUACACCAACCUGUAUCAAGCAUAUUGGAGAGAAGAUGUUUGCUGUUGGCUACACGAAAGCUCAAAAGUGAGUUGUUGGUUUUAAGUUUAUUUAUGUUUUUAGGGGGAUUCAAGUCUGGGAUAUGAGGUACGCCAAGAUCGAUUCUCCAUGUUAUACCCUCAAGGUACCAGCUGACAGAAGGUCAAAUUUUGGUGAGUUUUGUCUUUUGUCAUAUAGUUGUAUAAUAAGUAGAUAAUUACAUCAAUUGUGUCGACAUUUAUCUAUUUUAAUAUUUUUUUGUUUUAGGGGUUGCCUCUCUUUCAUUAAAGAAUGACAAUUCCACUUUGUUUGCACUAUGUACGGAUGGUGGAAUAAGAGAAUACGACAUCUCGUCAGUCAUGUCAUGUUCACCGAGGAAGCCUGUAGAUGAACCUCGCAAUAUGUACAAAGGAGCGAUUCGUGGAGAUUUUCAAGUAGAAUUCGGGGUUUCUCCGUUCACGGAUCACAUUGUUUGUGGCACAGACGAGGGGGCUGGUAUCUGGGACUUGGUAUGCUUUCAAAAUAAAAAUUUGGAUCCAAGUUUUUAUUUUUUACUUCUUUGUUUUCAGAAGGAUUCGCGAAAAUAUGCUCCGAAAUACGGAUUGAAGUACAUCUCUAACCAGGUACGUCAAUUAUAUUAUGUUAAGCACAUUAUCACAAUACCAAACGAAUAGUUUUAUAUAUUAGACAGCUUAUAUAUCUUCUAAUGGGUUUCAGAUGGCGUCGUGCGACUGGAGCGCAAACGGCAGGUUCAUCGUAGGCAUGACAGUGUCAGAUGUGGACUCUAUGGUUGUAUUAUACGACAACGACUCUGACAUAUCACGAAGCAUUCAAACGGGUCUCCCCCAAAACUUUAGCAAUCCUUAUAUGUUGUCAUAAAUGUACAUUCCGCUCAUUUGUUUGUUGUUUAUUGGUUUCUAAUUCUGUUUAUACUUUAAAUUAAGGUUUUUAAUGUUUACAUAUUGUUUUAAAUGAUUUAUGUUCAUAAAUAUAUAUUUUUGAUUUGUAAAAAUGGGGAUAAAUACGUGCAAUAGUAUAAAACUUGAUUAAGAAGAAUGACUUGGUAUUUACAGUAUUAUAAGUUGUCUCCAGAAGUGUACUGUCGGUUGAUGAGUGUACCAGGCUCGCCUGAACGUGUGAAGUACGUGUUCAGCAAGGAUGUGACGAUAAAACAGUAUUGUGAGAAGACCAACAAGCUUGCCAGGAUUCAAAAAGAACACAGCUUGCAACAGAGUGUUAUUGAAGAUGAAGAUAUCAUCUGCCUGGACCCUCCAGGACCAAGUCAAACUUUUAAAAACAGAAAGUUGGCCAAAUUGAACGAAAGCUUCAGAGGAAGACGGAAGAGCUCCGCCAAGCCAGACAACCUCCAGUUAAGUAUGGACAACUUUGUUGUCAAGAAGCCCUCUCGUGUCACAUUUUCAUUCGCUAGGUCAGUCACGGUCAAGAACUACGUAGAGAGUACGAACAAGUUGGCCAGAGUUACAGUGAGAAAAGAAACCAUGAGGAAUGUUGAAGAACUAAGAGCUGCCCCAUUCGAGGGUUUGCUGAACAACUCUAAGAUGGAUCAGAGCGUAGCUGAAGAGGACGAGGAAGAUGUUGUUGUGCAGAAAGGGCGCAAAAAGAGGCAGAAAAAAGAAGCUACCGUUCGCCUUCCACCAACUGAUGGUUUCGUUAUGGCUAGUGGGAAGCCUAGGAUCGUACGAGAGUUCAGGAAUGUGUUGUCAAGUGAUACGGAGUACAUUUAG